GAGAGAGGUGAAGAGAGAGAUCGGAGAAAUUGAAUACAUGUAGAAGAUAUAUAUAUUUAGAGAUAUAUUUUUCCCCGCGUGCGUGUCCGUGUGUGUGUGUGGUGGCGGCGGCAGUGGCGGCGGUGUUUGUGGUGGAUGAGGGGGGGAACACCCGCAAAACGGAUACCUCAAAAAGGAAGGAUGUGAAAAAGGAUGGAGGGACGCAGGGAAAGAGGGGGGAAAGGCUGGUGAAAAACAGUUGCCAUGGUCGCCAUACCUACUCUCUCUCUCCUAUUGGUCCUGGCAGAGUGGGCAGGUCUGGUGGACGCCUCCCCCCACCUCCUGCUCCGGCCUAGCCCGCGGGAGCGAGAUGCGGGGGCCAUGAUGAACUUCAACAUUGCCGUCAUCCAUGCUGGUGCUACGGUGCAGGCAGAGGCGGCAGUGGCGGGGCCUGCGGGAAGGGUGCUCUACCCCGGCUUUGGCCGGGUGUACGGCUCCCUCGGGGAGAGCGUGGUCACCCAGUGGGGCUCUGCUAACGUCAUCUGGCUACAGGUGAACGACAGUAGUCCUAAGACUGUUCUGUCCCAGCUGUGUGAGCUGCUGGCAGCGCGGCCCCUGCAGGGUCUGGUCUAUGAAGAGGAAAGGCCCCCUCGGACGGCCUGGGGUCCUUUGGCCCCCAUGCUGGAGUUUGUCUCUGCGCAAACAGGACUGCCCAUAGUGGCUGUAGGAGGGGGAGCGGGGCUGGGGAGGAUGCCACAGGAAUCAGGUUCCAUCUUUCUCCAGUUCAGCUCCUCUACUGCCCUCCAAUUAGAGGUCAUCUUUGAGGUGCUGGAGGAGUACGACUGGACGGCCUUUUCCGUGGUGUCCACGCGUCACCAUGGCUACCAGGACUUCCUGUCUGUGGUGGAGGGCCUGACUGACGGCUCGUUCAUCGGCUGGGAGAAGAAGAGUGUGGUGAUCCUGAACGUGACUGACGACCCUGGGGGGGCACGCACGCGCAGGCUGCUGAAGGAGAACGAGGCGCAGGUACGUUUGCUGUACUGCUCCCAGGAGGAGGCCGAGCUGGUUUUCCGAGCCGCCUGGGCUGCAGGUCAGGCCGGAGCUUCGCACAUGUGGUUUGCCGUGGGCCCGGCCCUCUCAGGUUUGGGCAUGGAGAGCCUGCCUCGGGCUCUCUUUGCCGUGCGGCCCCAGGGGUGGAGGGACGAACCUCGCCGGAGGAUUGCUCGGGGUGUGUCUGUGCUGACUCAUGGGGCAGUGGCCAUGCGAAAGGAUUAUGGGACCACGGGAGGGCCAAACUUUGUCACCAACUGCAUGACCGAUGCUAAUCAGACCCAGAGACUGCGAGGCAGGAUGAGGUAUUUCGGCAACAUCACGCUUGGCGGACGAGACUACUCCUUCAAUGCUGAUGGUUAUCUGUCCAACCCCUUUCUGGAUGUAAUUUCGUGGACACCUGGACGCGGAUGGGAAGAUGUAGGCUGGUGGGAGAAUGGUGUUCUCAGGCUUCGGUACCCAGCCUGGUCUCGCUAUGGGCCAUUCCUUAAACCACCUGAUGAUGCCCAGCACCUGAGAGUUGUCACACUUGAGGAAAGGCCAUUUGUCAUUGUUGAGCUUGCGGACCCUGCAUCUGGCACCUGCAUCCGUGACUCAGUGCCCUGCCGACGACCCCUUAAUGCCAGUGCCAUCCACGAGGGUGUGGCUCCCAUGAAGCAGUGCUGUAAGGGCUUCUGCAUUGACAUCCUGAAGAGACUGGCCAAGAUUGUAGGCUUCACCUAUGACCUUUACUUAGUGACCAAUGGGAAACACGGAAAGAAAAUUGACGGGGUUUGGAACGGCAUGAUUGGAGAGGUGGUAUACAAGCGAGCGGACAUGGCCAUUGGCUCACUGACUAUCAAUGAGGAGAGAUCAGAGGUUGUGGAUUUCUCUGUCCCUUUUGUGGAGACGGGAAUCAGUGUAAUGGUCUCCCGUAGCAACGGAACUGUCUCACCAUCCGCUUUCUUAGAGCCCUACAGUCCAGCCGUGUGGGUGAUGAUGUUCGUCAUGUGCCUGACCGUGGUUGCUGUGACCGUCUUCAUUUUUGAGUUCUUCAGCCCUGUGGGCUACAACCGCAGUCUCCAGACCGGCAAGAAGUCUGGAGGAUCUACUUUUACUAUAGGGAAGUCUGUAUGGCUUUUGUGGGCCAUUGUCUUCAACAACUCAGUGCCAGUGGAGAACCCCAGAGGAACCACCAGCAAGAUCAUGGUGCUGAUCUGGGCCUUCUUUGCUGUCAUCUUUCUUGCCUCUUACACUGCUAACCUGGCUGCCUUCAUGAUCCAGGAGGAGUACAUUGACACAGUGUCAGGCCUCUCGGACAAAAAGUUUCAGCAUCCCGAGGAGCAGUACCCACCUCUGAAGUUUGGCACAGUGCACGGGAGCACCGAAAAAAACAUCCGCUCCAACUACCCAGACAUGCACCAGUACAGCAAAUACAACCAGAGAGGAGUGGAGGACGCCAUAAUGAACCUCAAGACUGGGAAACUGGAUGCUUUUAUUUAUGAUGCUGCAGUAUUGAACUAUAUGGCCAGGAAGGACGAAGGUUGUAAGGUGAUGACCAUAGGCUCGGGGAGUUUUGCCACCACAGGCUACGGUAUCGCCCUGCACAAAAACUCACGUUGGAAACGUCCUCUUGACCUGGCCCUGCUGCAGCUGGUGGGAGAUGAUGAGAUUGAGAUGCUGGAGCGCCUCUGGCUGUCAGGUAUCUGCCAUAAUGACAAAAUUGAGGUGAACAGUAAACUGGAUAUUGACAACAUGGCUGGAGUCUUCUAUAUGCUGCUGGUGGCCAUGGGUCUUAGUUUGCUGGUAUUUGCCUGGGAACACUUGGUGUACUGGAAGCUUCGACACUGCAUGGCCACCAGUUCUGGCAAAUUGGACUUUCUCCUGGCAAUCAGCAGGGGCAUGUAUAGCUGCUGCAGCUUUGAAGAUGAAACAACGCCAGGUAAAUCUUUGCCGACUCAUCACACUGCAAUGGUUACAGUCCCAUCGCAGCCACAUGUUGUCUCAACGUCUAUGACCAAUCCAGCCAUCGCCAUGGCGCAACAGCAACAACCACCACAACAGCAGCAACCACAGCCCGUUUACAAGACUCCUUUACCGGGCUCUCCUCCCACCGUGGUGCAUUCUGGGACAGCAAUGGGUCCAUCCAACACCCCUAUUUCUGGUGCACCCCUCCCUUGCUCCACUUUCCUGCCCCGACCAGAUCGCAGACUGGCCGUGGUGGAUCGUUGGAGGCUCCCCAAACUAGCAACAGCCACUAACCCAAUGGCUGUAAGGGGAGCUAUCACUGACAUGGGACCCUUUGCACAGAAAGUCCCACCAAACUGGGCUUCAACUGCUGGGGGUGGGGGACUUGAUGGUUAUAAGAGAUACUAUGGUCCCAUUGACCCUGAGGGACUGGGGCCCUGCAUGGAGCAGCAAGCAGGGUCCCAGACCCCCAAGACUAUGCCCAGGGGCCACCCCCCCCCCUCCAGCCACUGUGGCCUUCUACUCAGAGAAGGCAUGGACCACGGGGUGGGGAAGAGGGUGGUGGGAGGUGGCAGCGGAAGUCAGGGGAAAGGGGCCGUUAAACCUCUAGGCACUCCCAGACUGCCUCCUAAGAGUCAGGCCCCUCUGCCUCCUACACCCCCGCUGCCACACCCCUCUCCCCCUCUCCCUUCAUCCUUCUGGAGGAAGCGCAGGCCUAAGAAGCCCAAAGAGCCUGGGGGGCCGCUGUACGAGAACAUUCUGCCCUUGGGGCAGGGGGGAGCACGAGAGGGAGUGAGGGAGGGAGGAAGGAGGGCACGCCCCUUUUCUCCCCCGCUCUCACUCCCUGUGCCAGUACCCCUCAGCCCCUCUUACACCCCUCCCUCUCCCUCUGCAUCCUUGCACUAUACGUCAUCGUCCUCUUCGUCGACCACUUCAUCCACAUCCACGUCCUCAUCUGCCUCAUCUUCUCGCUCCACCUCUCCUACCUACUCUUACAGCUCCUCCAGGAGCACACGGGACAGGACUGGAGGAUUAGAUGGAGAGGAUGAUGACGAUGAUGAGGAGCUAACAGAGGAGUCAAGCCUCCUUCUCGGCAGGGGGAGGGAGAGGGAACGCUCAGUCAUCCGGCCUCGUUCCCUUAGCCACGGGCGCCUGCCACCACCCAUACCCCCCAGGAAACCACGCACAUCCUGGGGUGACAGAGAAAGGGAGCGGGAGAGGGACAGAGGGGGAAGCCAACUGUCCCAGCUCCAAGAGUGGUGGGCAAGCUGGAGUGAAAGGGAAAGGAGUGGAGCAGGUGGAGACAGUGAGAGGCAUAAAAGGGAAAAGAAGAGGAGAAAAGAAAAGGAGAAAGAGAAGAAGAAAAAGAAAAAGAACAAAAAAAGGAAAAAAAAGAAAGGGAAAGAGAGAGAGAGAGAAAGGAAACGGCAAAAGUUGAAAAAGAAGAAGAAGAAGCGCUUAAGACAAGAAAAGAAAGAAAUCAAUUGGGGGAAGACGGUCUGAGCCAGAGGAGGGAUGUAGAGCCGGAGAGGGAAGGAGAAGCAGAGGGAAAGAGAAGGAGGAAUACAAGACUAUUCUUCCUUCUCUACCCAAAUCGAAGCACACUUGGAGAGAAGGGUCGGGAUUCAUGGGAAGGAGACAGGGAGAGAGGUAGAAGGGAAGGAGGAGAUGAGGGAAAUGACAGGGAACAGGAUGACAGCAGCAGAAGCAGGAGAGCGCCCAAGUCCUCACGCUCUCAUUCAAGACAUCAUACCCCAAGUAAGCGCUACCCCAACCUCAACAAACUCCCUGCAUCAGUCAAAUUUUGGGUGAAUGGAAGAGGAGGUGAUUCUAACACUCCUCCAACAUCCCUCCAUCCACUCCUUCCAUCCUCUAAGAGAGAAGUGGAGGGAUGGACAGGGAUGAUAGUGGUAGACUUGGAGAGCGGCGUCCUUUGUUAAUGCAUUAUGACAAAGAAAACAGACAAGAGAAGGGCUGUCUUUUCACGAGUGGGACUCUGAGGAUGACGAGGAUGAUGAUGAGGAGGAGGAGGAGGAAAAAGGAUAGAGUGAGAGAGCGGGUGGAGGAAAGAGGAAGAGCAGGUAGGGGGCAGUUUCUGAG